AUGGCGAGCUUGCGAGGGAAAGUCGUUGCCUUGUCCGGCGGUGCCUCGGGCAUUGGCCUCGCGACAGCACGGUUGCUCAUUGCACGAAAAGCGAAAGUAUCCAUCGGCGACUUUGCAAAGGAGAGCUUAGAAAGUGUUCGGCGGGAAUUUUCGCUGAAAGACGAGGCCGAAAACGUGCUGACCGUCAUUUGCGACGUUUCCAAACGGUCGGACGUGGAAAACUGGAUAGAUCAGACUGUACAACACUUCGGCCACUUGGACGGGGCUGUAAACCUGGCCGCCACGCCUGGCAAAUUUAUCGGAGUGCGUUCAAUCACCGAGAUCGACGACGAUGAUUGGAACACCUGCGUUGCCAUCAACCUGACCGGGAUGAUGUACUGUCUUCGUGCACAAUUGAGAAAGAUGGCAGAUGGUGGUUCGAUUGUCAACAUUAGCAGCGUCGCCGGGUUAAAGACCAUUGUCAACGCCGCUCCUUACGUGGCAACGAAACACGCUGUCAUCGGACUGACACGUAACGCCGCGAAGGAGUUUGGAAGAGACAGAAAGAUUAGAUGUAAUGCUGUCGCUCCUGGAACGACAGACACCCCUAUGUUAAACUCAUCAAGAUCGAUCGCCGGGCCCACAGGUACUAUCACUCAGGGAAACGAUUACUCUCACGUUGCUCUGAAUCGCGUUGGCAGACCAGAAGAGAUUGCUGAGGUAAUUUGUUUCCUUCUCAGUGACGAAUCCUCGUUCGUUUCCGGUCAAGUCCACGUAGUGGACGGGGGAUGGUACUGCUAG